UUUCCAGCUCUGGCCAUAUGAUCGAAUGGGAAAGCCGUGCGCAAGCCUAGCACCCGGGAGAUGCCAGUGAGGCUGUGAGAUGCGCGCAGCUUGCUGCCAGGCCACCCUUAAUGGUGGGCGACCCGACAGUCGACAGAGCCCGCGAAAUGUUUAUAGGCGCGGCCGACGGCGACGAAGCCGAACCGACCGAACCACGGACACCCCUGCUGCCCAGAGGAGGAAGCGCCGUGUCGGCGAGGUGCACGGAGCGCUGUCCCGACUUGGCCCCCGCGGGCCGCGCCUCGGCGCUCCUCCCUCCCCGCUGGGCGAGACCCCCCCCCUCCCGAGGGGCCGCGGCGCGAGCGUGGGCGAGCGCGGCUGCUCUCCGGGGGGGGCCGGGGGUCAGCGCCACGGGCGGGUCGCCCAGCGAGGCGCCCGGCGCUGGAGGGGCGGGCCCGCGCGCGCCGAGCUCCAGCGACCCUGUACAGAGACGGGCUGGCGGCGCGAGGGGAGAUGGGCCUGUUGUCCAACUGCCAUCCAGUCGAGGGGGGAGAGGAGGGAGCCGGAGGAGGAGGAGGAGGAGGGGGAGGAGGAGGAGGAGGAGGGAGAGGAGGAGGAGAAGGAGGAGGAGGAGGAGGACCCCUGCCCCCCCUCCUCCUUCUGGCAGUGGUGAUGGAAAACAGGCCAAUCAAGGGGGGGAGGGCCAGUCGAGACAACGGAAGCUCUCCCUCGGGG